AUGGCUCCACAGACUGGCCCCAGCGAGAAGGAGACGGGACCUGUUCCAGCCUUUCCACAGCUUUUCACCUGGGAAGAUAUCGGGAUCCGCAACGGCCGCGGGCAGGGCCGGGAGCAGUGGCUGGUGGUUGACAGGAAGGUUUAUGAUGUCAGCCAGUUUUCCAAGAGACAUCCUGGGGGCAGCCGGGUUAUCAGCCACUAUGCCGGGCAGGAUGCCACGGAUGCCUUCGUGGCAUUCCACAAUGACAAGAGCCUGGUGAAAAAGUACCUGAAAUCUCUGCUGAUUGGGGAGCUGGCACCUGAUCAACCCAGCUUUGAGUCCAAUAAAAAGAAAUCCCUCUUGGAGGAUUUUCGUGAGCUGCGCUGCACCAUUGAGAAGAUGGGACUUCUGAGGCCCAAUUACUUCUUCUUCUUCCUGAUUUUCCUUCACCUCCUGGUGCUGGAUGCUGCAUCCUGGCUCGUGCUCUGGUACUUCGGCGUAUCCCUGGUGCCUUUCCUGGCUGGCAUGGCGUUCUUCACCACUGCCCAGAUCCAGAUGGGCUGGUUCCAGCACGAUCUGGGGCACUGCUCUGUCUUCAGGAAGCCCAGGUGGAAUCGUCUCCUGCAGAUCGUUGUGAUAAACAUGCUGAAGGGGCUGCCUGCCAGCUGGUGGAACCACCUGCACAACCAGCACCACGCCAAGCCCAACUGCUUCCGCAAGGACCCCGACCUCAACAUGCACCCUCUGCUCUUCAGCCUGGGAAAGACCCUCUCCAUGGAGCUUGGAAAGCAGAAGAAGAAGUUCAUGCCUUACAAUUACCAGCACAAGUAUUUCAUCUUGCUGGCCCCACUCGCCAUCAUACCCUUCUUCCAGCUGUCGACAAUCUACUUUGCAAUCAAGAGGAAAAAGUGGCUGGACCUGAUACUGGUUGUGACUUUCAACAUCCGAGUUUGCCUCAUGUAUGUUCCUUUAAUGGGAUUUAAAACCUUCAUGAUAUACUACUGGCUGUCCAGGUACCUUGAGAGUAGCUGGUUUAUUUGGGUGUCCCAGAUGAACCACAUCCCAAUGAACAUUGAUUAUGACAAGAACAAAGACUGGGUGUCUACUCAGCUCCACGCAACCUGCAAUGUGAACCAGUCUGUGUUCAAUGACUGGUUCACUGGGCACCUGAACUUCCAAAUCGAGCAUCACCUGUUCCCCACCAUGCCUCGGCACAACUACUGGAAAGUGGCUCCCCUGGUGAAGAGCCUCUGUGACAAGCAUGGCAUUGAGUACAAAACCAAGCCUUUGCUGACAGCCUUUGUAGACAUUUUGCAUUCCCUGAAGGAUUCUGGGGAGCACUGGCUGGAAGCAUAUCUGCAUGGAUAG